AUGAUGAAGUUUGAGGUAAUCAGAAGUGAAACAGUCAAGCCAUCUUCUCCAACCCCCCAUUAUCUCAAACACUUCAAGCUUUCCCUUCUAGACCAACUUGCUCCUGUUGCUUACGAGCCCUUGGUUCUCUUCUACCCCUACAAUGAUCGUGAUGUUACCUUCACACCUGCAAAGAGAUCCCUCUGGAUGAAGAAGUCACUGUCGGAAACUCUGACUCGUUUCUACCCUUUUGCUGGAAGAAUCAAAGGAAACAUCUCAAUCGAAUGCCACGACGAUGGUGUUGACUAUAUGCAAGCUCGUGUCCAUGGCCUUCUCUCAACUCUUUUAGCACAGCCUGAUGCAGAGACACUGAAGCAGCUCCUUCCGGUAGCGAUUGAGUUCCCGAAAGCAGGGACCGGGCCUCUGCUUCUUGUUCAGGAGAGCUUCUUUGAUUGUGGUGGAUUGGCAAUUGGUGUGUGCAUGUCACGUAAGUUAGGUGAUGCAGCCUCACUUGGCACAUUCAUUAUGUCAUGGGCUGCUAGUGCUCUUGGAUUUAGUCAAGCACUGCUUCCCGAUUUCAACGCCUCGUUUUGGUUUCCACCAAUGGAUUGUUCCUCUGGCCACAACUCUUCUGUGGAUCAUAUCGUCAAGAAGAGAACGGAUGGUUGUGUCACAAAGAGGUUUGUGUUUGAUGCAUCUAAGAUAUGUGCCCUUCAGACCGAAGCAGCCAGUGCAAAUGUGAAACAGCCAACGAAUUUAGAAGCUGUCACAGCUCUUAUUUGGAGAUGCGCAGUGGCUGCAGCCACAAGAUCAAGCUCCCUGCACAAGUCUCCUCCUAAGGUCUCUGUGUUGUCCCAAUCUGUGGACAUUCGCAAAAGGAUCGUGCCGCCUUUGUCCGAUGACUCUAUAGGAAACCUUGUGGGAUACUUUGCUGCACAGGCAAAUGAGAGUGAGUUGGAGCUGCAAGGCUUGGUUGCUCAACUAAGGACAGGGCUCAAAGAGGUGAGCAACAAUUGUGCCCAAAUACUUAAGGGGAGUCAUGGAUCUCGAGGGUUUGUCGAAUCUUCCAAAGAGGCAGGUGAUUUCUUCCAAAGAGAUGACAUUAUGAACCUACAAGUCUGCACAGGCUUGUGUGAUUAUAAGGUAUUGUAUGAGGUGAAUUUUGGGUGGGGAAGGCCAAUUUGGGUGAGUAACUUUCCUAGUGGUUUAAACAGAAAUGUAUCAUCUUUGGUGGGUACAAGAAAGGAUGAUGGUAUAGAGGCUUGGGUGACCUUGAUUGAGGAAGACAUGGCUGCUUUUGAACAUGACCAGGAGCUUCUUGCAUUUGCUAUGGUGAAUCCAAGUGUCCUAGAACCCAUUGCAUUGAAGUCUGCUCUCUAA